AUGUCCAAAUAUAAUAAUAAGACAUCACUCGUCUUCCUAUCGCUUGUUGUACUCAUACUCUGCUUACCAACCUUCGCCAUCGGCAGACAUGUAUCACCAUUGUCACUGCUAGACUUGGACCUCGAUUCGUCUUCCCCACCGGACAUUGUCAAGGGAGUUGUGGUGUUCUGGGAGACGUCCAAAAAUAAUACGAUCGUCGCGGGGCAAUUUAGUACCGGAUUCACGGAGGGAGAAGAAGCGGAGUACACAUUCAAGUUGUAUAGGGGAUCCAAGGAGGUCAUCGAUUUGAAACCGGCUGAUGACUUGCUAGAUAAAUUGCUUAAGAUCCGACCCGACGGAGCUACGGAUUUCUUCUUGUUCACCAUUGAGGAUAGUUUGUUGGUUAGUGGGGACGACUCGAUCUUGGGCACGACCUUUGUGGUUGGUCGUCCUGGAGUGUUGCUUGGAAAGAAUCAAGUUGGACCACUGAGCUGCCAUCAGUAA